AAUAUUGCGAUACAUUAUACUUAUUUUCUCCCGAGAAAGAACAUCGUUUUUUUAGAAUAAAUGUGGAUAUAAAAGGUUCGAGAUCAAUUUAUUAAUUAAGUGACGGACGAAAUACAAUUUUUUAUUCCAGGCCUAAGUAAUCGCUCCCAGAGAAACGUUGUCAAUGACAGACGCUAGCUGACGUUAGUAGGGUAAAGUCAUGGCUUUGGUCAAACAAAGUUGUUUUAUUGCGGGUCGUUUCUCCAGCAACCACCUGUGGCUAAGUCCCAAAUGCAACCCACAUGUGUACGCCGCCAGCGGACUGACCACAGCCGCCAGGUCAUCCCAGGCACAGACACAGAAGGACCGCAAGAAGGAGCUGGCCGAUGACGGGCCCGACCUCCAAGACUUUAUAUCUGGGGAGUUGUCUGAGAAGAACAACUGGGAGGAGUACAGGGGUAACCUGAAGAGACAGAAGGGAGAGAGGCUGAGACUUCCCCCCUGGCUGAAAACAGAGAUUCCUAUUGGCAAGAACUACAACAAGCUGAAGAACACACUGAGAGACCUCAACCUGCACACUGUGUGUGAGGAGGCCAGGUGUCCUAACAUCGGUGAGUGUUGGGGAGGAGGAGAGCACGGUACGGCUACAGCCACUAUCAUGUUAAUGGGGGACACCUGUACCCGUGGCUGUAGGUUCUGUUCUGUGAAGACAGCUCGUCACCCCUCUCCUCUGGACCCAGAUGAGCCCUAUAACACGGCCAAGGCCAUCGCUGCCUGGGGUCUGGACUAUGUGGUGUUAACCUCUGUAGACAGAGACGAUAUUGCUGACGGAGGGGCCCAGCACUUUGCCAAGACUGUCUCCAACCUGAAGGAGAGGAACUCUCGGAUCAUGGUGGAAUGUCUGACCCCUGAUUUCCGAGGCGACCUGGCAGCAGUGGAGAAGAUCGCCCAAUCAGGGCUGGACGUUUACGCCCACAAUGUGGAGACAGUACGCGAGCUGCAGCGACAGGUGCGUGACCCACGGGCGAACUUCGACCAAUCCCUGAAUGUCCUGCGUCACGCCAAGGCGGUCAAACCGGACAUCCUCACCAAGACCUCUAUCAUGCUGGGUCUGGGAGAAACUGACCAACAGAUCUAUAACACCCUGACCGAGCUGAGGGAGGUAGGAGUGGAUUGCGUAACACUGGGCCAGUACAUGCAGCCCACCAAACGCCACCUCAAGGUGGAGGAGUAUGUAACCCCGGAGAUGUUUGGCCACUGGGAGAAGGUGGGGAAAGAGAUGGGAUUCGUCUACACCGCUAGCGGACCCCUGGUACGCUCAUCAUACAAAGCAGGUGAGUUCUUCCUGAAGAAUCUUUUAGAGAAGAGGAAAGCAGCAGCAGCAGCAGCAGCAGAGUAAUCUGAUCACCUGAUCACCUGGACUACCACCACCACCAUCAUCAUCAUUAAACUGAUACCAUUACCAUCCCCCCUACUACCUGUAUCACUACUAUUUAGAAUAAUAAUCACAACAAUAAUAAUAGUAAUAAUAAUAAUACUAAUAAUAAGUAAAUUACUGCUUACUAUGCAGAUGUUAUUAUUCUCUCUCUCUCUCUCUGUCUCUCUCUCUCUCUGUCUCUGUCUUCUCUCUCUCUCUCUCUCUCUGUCUUUUCAGUUCCCUCCAUAAAGCUAUUCUAGAUGCACUGUAUUACAACAGUAUAAAGUUCUCCCAUCCAGAA